AUGGCGGGUCUUGCUGGGUGUCAGCGAAAAACCGUGACGAUGUCGUUGCAUGAUCGCCUCUUGGAAGAUGCCAAGCAGGAUUUGAGGCAGGCGGAGAGACAGAUGCAGAGGCAGAUGAGGAUGCUGGACCUGCACGUGCGGCAGCUCCAUGAGGAGCUGCCUGUGUCCUGCCUGUGCAGCCCAACCCUGCACCCCUGCUGCCCGUGCCAGCCCGACCCCUGCCCCUGGGAGAGAAGGGCCCACGCCACAAGGCUGGAUGUGGAGCGAGCACUGGGCAGCAUUCACAGAAGACUUAACAGGAUGCUGAACUCUUCCCAUGAUCACAAGCUUUUUGCUUUGAUGGAUGUGAAGGGGUUUGACCCCAAGGAAGUCACUGUAACGGUGAAAGACAGGAAGGUGAAGGUGUUAGCGGAGCACGAGGAGGAGCACACCACCGCAAGAGGGAAGGAAUAUAACUACAGAAACAUCACGAAAGAAAUUAGCCUGCCGCCGGGGGUGAGCGAGGACGAGGUGACCUACUCGCUGGGACCUAAUAGCAUUGUGAAGAUCGAAACGGCACACAAGUGCUACCCUUGUCUCCUGAGCCGCUGAGCCUCAGCAGGGAGCAGCACCUGGGCACAGUCGUUCCU